AUGAUUAAAUAUUAUUAUAUAAUUUAUUUAUUUUCCAAAUUUAUAUUAUUUCAUUAUUUAUUUUCAAUUUUUUUUUUCUUUAUCCUUGAACCCAUUUUUUUGCAAAUAAACAAAAAAAAAAGUAUUUGUUUUAAAUUUAAAAGAUAUUACUUCACACACAUUGCCAUUUUUUUUUCUUUUUAA